AAAUAAACGAAAUUUUUGUCAUUAGUUUGCUGACUGGCUGGCCGAAACUUGAAAAUUUUUGGAAUUUUUUUAAGUUUUUAGUAAUAAAACCUAUUUCAAAUUCAUUAAACUCGAUAUCUUGUUUAAGAAAAAUUUAAUUUUGAACCUGCAACUAGAAUUAAAAACUAAUUUAGCUAAAUUGUCUAAUAUUUACUAAAUGGACCUCCACAUCGUCAAAGUAUGACCGCAAGGGACAUAGCAGUCAGAUUUGAGAAAAAAGAGAGCGGUGAGGAAAAUGUCUCAUUCGUAUCUUCAACUACAAACGCCGCUGCAGCGUCCACUCCUCCUUCUGUAGCUCGACCCUCUUUUCUCCCGGUAGCAGAACCCUUUGUGACUGAGUCUUCUGUGGAUGAGUCCCCUGUGGCAGCUCCCCCUUCGUCUCCUGUAGUCCGUCGCCCAUCUCCUACCAGCGACUCUUCUGACGGUGCCGACUUUGACAAUGAGCCAUACAUAGAAUGGCUGCAACACAGACAGUAUUACGACUGUGGUGUUGUGACUUCAACAACAGCAGUCCGAAGGACACCACCAUCACCAACACCACCCUCAUCACCAGCCAGACGUCUGGAAGACCAUAAAAGGGCCCUCUUCAGCUCCCAAAUGACUCAAAGAAGUAGAAGCCGCCAGGCCCAUUUUGGUUUCGAUACGUCGUUUCACAAUUUAGAAGCCUUCUUAAGGGAGAUAGUCAGCGCUAACAAAAAUUUCAUAAUAUUUUUAAUCGUUUUAUUCUUAGGUGUCGCUAUUUUUUUGUAUUUCUCAGGUAACUAAUCAGCAUUCUAAUGACAAUAUGGCAAUAAGGAAGGUAGUGUAGUUAUUAGGAACUGAACUGUGUUCAUGGCAGAUAUUUCAUACAAACAUUCGUUUUUAUUAUUCAAUUUAAUCACAAAAAUUUUAUAUAAAUAUUUUAAAUAAACCUGUAUAUGUAAAUAAUUUAAAAUUUAACUGUGGUUUGUUGUCGCUUUGUUGCUUGGUUUCGAUGUUUUACAGAUGUUUACUAGCAGAUCGUAUGGAUAGUUUCUAAGUUUUUAACAUUCAUUAGCCAUUGCUUUAUAUAAAAUGACUUUGUUUUUAUUAUGAAAUAAACAUUUGAUUAACUUUUAGAAAAAUUUUAAUCACGCAAAAUAAAUUUAUAUUGCAAUGUACAUAUUCGUAAGAAUGAGCUGUUUACUUCAGAACUUUUUAAAAUGACAUUUCAUCCGUAUUUCAUUGUAACAUCUUAUAACAUUUUUUUCAUAUUUUGAUUCGAUUUAAGAUUCCAUUGUUAACUGUAUUAUAGGGCAUUUUAACAAGUAUUUAUCAAAAUUAUGAAAUUUUUUCAUGUGCAUGUCGAAAGAGAGAAAAAAAUUAUUCAACACUUCAAUAGUGAAAUUAUCGUAGAAUAAAAUCUC